CAUCAUCCUUUCCACAGGCCCUCACUCCGUUCAUCUUCCAAACGCCCCUCCUUCCCCGAUUCUUUUCUCGAGUUCGUUGACCAAAAUGGAAUCACCGUCCUUGGCAUCUGCUAUGGCAUGAGCUCCUUGUGUAGAAGCUUGGAGGUGAGGUUGCUGUUGGGGAAAAGCAAGAGUUUGGGAAGAUGGAGUUCGAUGUUUUUCGGGAAAGUAUGAUUUUUGGUGGUGAGAUGGUGGGGAUGCACAAGAUGGUGUGGAUGAGCCAUGGGGAUGAGGCCGCGAGGUUGCCUGAGGGGUUUGAAGUUGUGGUGAGGAGCGUGCAGGGUUGGUGGAUGCGAUUGAGAACCCAUCAAAGAGCUGGUUGUAUGGUCUUGAGUACCAUCCGGAGGUAUGAAGGAACUAUCUGGGAUGAUUUGGCUCAUGGAAAAGGCGUUCUUGUUGCUGAACAGGGACUUGUCAGGUAUGAAGGGGAAUGGAUUCAAAACCAAAUGGAAGGUCAUGGGGUUGUCGAAGUUGGCAUUCCUGAAUCACAGCCUAUACCAGGUUCAAAAUGAGAGAUUAGAGAUGUUGCAAGCUAUUUAUCAACGACAAUCGUAAGAGGACAAUACAGUAACGAGGUGCAUUUUCAUUAACCACUUUCAACACUGUGGAAAUACUAAAUAAUUUUGUUUGAUUUUAUUUUUGUUUCCAAUAUACUUCUCUUCAGGUUUAUAGCUUUGUAAGAUUAGCUGAAUAUACUAUGCUGGAAGCCAUGGAAUGGACAUUAAAAGCCAUGUGAAGAGACGGAAGAACACAAAAUCAAAAGUAGACUCAUCCUUGUAUUUAGAGGUGUAAAUUAACAAGAGAUGCUUGUAUUUAGAGCUUUGUUCUCAUUUUAUUUUAUUUUUUAAUAUAAACUCUUCUCUUUCUUGAAGUAUAAUUGAAUUUGA